AUGAAGCCACUAAAGACGUUCAACCUCCUCGAAGAAGAUGAUGUUGACGGCGACACCGAAGAUGACGAGAAAAUGGAUCGGCCCUCUUCGCCACACAUCACAGACAGCGUCCUCGGCGCCAUUUGUCGUAGACAUUGCAACACACUCCAGCACCUGACCAUGAGGUGUGAUUACAUUUUCGACGCCGUGGUGUCCAACUCAAUACUGACGUCGUUGGUCACUAGAGCAACAUCGCUCAAGACCCUCACCAUGAUCGUCUUUGGUUGUGAUCCCGACUUCCUCGAGCAUCUGCCUAGAAGCCUUCAGAUCCUUGUUUUCAUCCUUUUGGACUGCGAACUUCCUGCAUUCGGUGAAGCCGAUCUGAUAGAGCUUCACUCAAAACUGCCACAGCUACAGAAGAUAUCGUACAAGGAUCUGCGCAUUUCGGUACAGAACGACUAUCGCAACUACGUCGCGUGGGAUCCGGAAGGGGAGUUUGCUGGAGAUCUCGAAGUUGAUGCAACGGCUUUCUGA